AUGGGGCUGAUCACCAGAGAGCUGCAUCUGUGGAUAACAUUGACUGCUGUUACGUUUUUCAUCCCUGCUGCCCAUGCCCAAAAUGAUUCACCGUUCAUUCUUUCCAACAAAGCCACUGGAUUCUGUCUGGUGAAGAAGUCCAGCCGAUGUGCAGAGGUGCGCUGGACGACGGGAAACAGACUUUUUGUGACCUUGACCAGAAAGUGUCUGGGAGCUCAGGGCCGAAGUGUGGGCAGCGAGGUCAACUUUUACGACUGUGACGAGCGGAGCCAGCUGCAGAGGUGGGAAUGUCGAAACAACACACUGCUGGCUCUGAAGGGAGGGGACCAGAACCUGUACAUGGAGAUACAAGCGGAGGAGAGCAUCGUCCUGACUCGCAGUGUGGGGCCCAACAGCCACUUCACCAUCGCCGGGAGCAACAGCGGAGCCUGCACCAGGACGCACAGAGAGCUCUUCACCAUUGGGGGAAAUGCGUUUGGAAAGCCCUGCAUGUUCCCUUUUCAGUACAAAGACCGCUGGUUUGGAGACUGCACCACCUACGAUUCUCCCAACAAGAGGUCAUGGUGCUCUGUGGAGACGAAGCACGGCCGCGAGCGGUGGGGAAAUUGUCCCAGCACAUCUAAUGACCACUGGACCAGGAACUCUGCAACAGGAGCGUAUUACCAGGCAAACUUGGAGUCAUCGUUGACCUGGGCCCAGGCACACACCAGCUGCACACAACAGGGAGGCGCCCUGCUCAGCAUUGGAGACCCCUUUGAGCAGGCCUUUUUGUCCCUUAUGCUUGGACAAGGAAAGUCGAAGGUGUGGAUGGGUUUGGUGCUGGAUCCUGAACACGGCUGGCAGUGGACCGAUGGACAACCUUUUAAAUACCUCCGCUGGGCCAGUGGAAACCCAAUGCCGAACCCUGGACACAGCUGUGCGCUCUUGGACAGUUCGAAUGAGCAAGCCUGGGAGAGUUCAACGUGUGGAAAACAAAUGGGAUAUGUCUGCUACAAAAGCCCGCUGCCCCCUCCAACAUUUACCAUUGAGCAGGGCCAUUGUGCCAGUCCCUGGAUUCCCUACAGUGGUCACUGCUUCCACCUUCACCGGGAUCUGAAAACCUGGACAGACUCUGUGAAAGAGUGUCGUAAAGAGGACGGAGAUCUGCUGAGCAUCCGGCACCUGGAGGACCAGAGCUUUGUGCUGUCCCAGCUCGGAUAUGCUGCUACUGACGAGUUGUGGAUCGGCCUGAAUGACCUGAGGACCGAGGGGCUGUUUGAGUGGAUCGACCAGACCCCAGUGCGCUUCAGCAGCUGGACGUAUGGAGAGCCAAUGGUGUCUGGAGACACUGAGGACUGUGUCCUCAUGACAGGAGAGAAAGGAAACUGGGCGGAUCGUAGCUGUGAAGAAAAGCAUGGUUUUAUUUGCAUGAAGCAAAGCAGCACAGAAACAACUGAAGACGAGAUCAAUAUGGACGUGGGCUGUAAACCGGGCUGGAAGAAGCAUGGCUCAUACUGCUACUUUGUGGGAACAGAAACCAAAACGUUUGAUGAAGCCAAUGAGGACUGCAAGAGAACAGACUCCUACAUGGUGGACGUGUCAAAUGGAGUGGACAAUGCAUUUCUUGUGAGUUUGGUGGGGAUGCGACCAGAGAAAUAUUUCUGGAUUGGUCUUUCCAACAUGGCCGACAUUGAUCGUUUUGUUUGGAGAAAUUCCGACUAUGUUAGGUUCACUCACUGGAACUCAAACAUGCCAGGAUACCAGCAGGGUUGUGUUGCGAUGACCACUGGUGUAAUGGCUGGACUCUGGGACCUGUUGCCCUGCACCAACAAAGAGAAGUACAUCUGUAAACAUCUGGCAGAGGGCGCUAUAAUCACCCAGCCCCCAGCCACUGUGCCCCCCCCAAAAUGCCCCGAUGGUUGGAACAAGAUCCCAUUAAGGAACUACUGUGUUAAGUUUUACACUGGCCCCAGAGCAGAAGAGAAAACCUGGUUUGAGGCUCGAGAUUUCUGCAGGGCCGUCGGAGGAGAUCUGCUGAGUAUCCACAGCAGUGAGGAGCUACGAGUGGCACGUCACGGAAAAGCUUGGAUUGGUCUCCAUGUCCCAGAUGCAAACUCUGGAUACGCCUGGAGUGACGGGAGCCCGCUGAACUUCCUGCACUGGCAAGCGGGGGAGCCUAACAACUUCAAUAACGCUGAGUCGUGCGCAGAAUUUAAGAUUUACAACUGGGACGAGAAUUCGGGCUCCUGGAACGACGCGCCCUGCGAGAGCUACAACGACUGGCUGUGUCAGAUCCGCACAGGGGUCACUCCAAAACCACCUCCAAAUGCCACUGCUCCAGAAUUCAACACGACAGCGGACGGCUGGAUGGAGUGGAAAGGGAAUCAAUAUUACAUUAACAAAGCACCACUGGCCAUGGAGGAGGCGCGCAGCUUCUGUCAGCAGAAACAUGGAGACCUGGUCACCAUCACCAGCCGGGCCGAGAACAUGUUUCUUUGGAAACAGAUUUCUAGAACUUACAGUCGUUAUUAUAUUGGGCUUUCGGUGGAUCUUGACAACUCAUUUUGGUGGAUGAGCAACACCCCUGUGGAAUUUCUAAGCUGGGAUCAAAAUCAACCAAAAGAAAAUGUUAUUGAUGAAAACUGUGUCUUUAUGACCUAUUACAUGGGUUAUUGGAGUAACGGUAACUGUGGAGAGGAGAUGAAAUCAAUAUGCAAACGAAGCUCGUCUGCUCCAGUCAACACAACUGUGGCUCCAACGACUCCUCCCAUCGGCGGCUGUCCGCUCAAAUGGAUGCAGUUCAACAAUAAGUGUUACAGCAUCAUAAACAACAGGAAAGCCUCAUGGGAAGAAGCAAGAAAACAGUGCAUCACUAUGGGAGGAAAUCUCGCCUCUAUCCCAUCAAGAUUUGUGCAAGUUUUCCUGACUACCAGAAUGGCCGAAGCCACAUCCACAGACCUUUGGAUCGGUUUAAACAGUAUCAAACACGAAGAAUAUUUCUGGACAGAUGGGAAAGCUCGGAAAUACACCAACUGGGGCUAUGCGAAAACUAAACGCAGACAAGGGAGCUUCUACCAACGAUGGAAUGAGGAGGACUGUGUCGUCCUGAGCAGCAGUCCACAGAGCUUUGGGAAAUGGUUCAUGAAGUCCUGCAACGACAGCAAUGGAUUUGUUUGUCUUCGAGAUCUUGAUAAAAACGCAGUGCCCCAGACCAACCUCAUCUUACCAAACACGUAUAUACCUCUGGCAAAUGACAGCAUCAAACUGGUGACACAAAACCUGACCUGGGAAACGGCCAAAACCAACUGUGAGAAAGACCGGGGGAGUCUGGCCAGUGUGCGCAAUGAGUGGACCCAGGCCUUUGUGGAGCUGAUAGCCUUCACUGAGAAAGCUCCUCUGUGGAUUGGGCUCAACAAAGGAGUGACGGAUGGAUAUUACCGGUUCAUUGACGGCUGGCACUUGAGCUUUGUGAAUUGGGGGCCGGGGGAUCCUCAGCAGGAUAAGCCCUGUGUUUACGUGGAUGUGGAUGGGAAGUGGAAAACAGCCUUCUGCAACGCCUCUAUGAACAGUGUGUGUCUGCAGAGCACAGAUGUGGCCCCCACACUGUCAUCCGUGUACCCAGGAGUGUGUCCUGAGGAGACAGAGGUGGAUUACCGCCAGAGUUACUCUUGGAUCCCAUUCAAAAGCCACUGUUACCUGUUUGUGCCUGAGGACGUGGAGUGGGCCGACGCCGCCAGCAGCUGCGUCCGACACGGAGGGCAGUUGGCCAGUAUUGAAGAUCCAGACAAGCAACAGUUUAUCCAAGGAAAUGUCGAAAAGUUUAAAGACGCGCACAACUCCUUCUGGGUCGGCCUCUUCAAAAGUCACAAAGGGACGUGGCAGUGGCUGGAUAAGACAGUAAUGGAUUACACAAACUGGGGAAAUGAUGAGCCUCGCUCCGACUUUGGGGAGAUUCGCUCAGUGGAUGGAAAAUGGGGCACAGGCCGGAGGUGGCACGACCGCGCCUACAUCUGUGAGGCUGCUAAAGUGAUUCCCAGAGAUGAUGGAAAAGCAGAACCACUGGGGCCCCCGGAGCAGCAGCGCAGCCGCACUCGUGCCGCCCUGGUCGUGGUCUUGGUCAUCAUGAUCAUUUCUGCUUUGGUCGCGGCUGCAUUCGUCUUCUACAAGAGGUCUCCGCACUCUUUCCCCACAUUUGAAAACCCGCUGUACACCGAGCGCUCACAGCCGGACGUAGUCGACACUCGGACCCUCAUAGAGAAAGUGGAGGCGGAGGAAGAAACGGAAACUAGUGCCGAAAAUAACACAGAGCCAGAGCCAAUCAUAAGUCUGUGA